AUGCCACCCAAACCUUCCAAGAAGUCCUUAAGAGCUCCUGCGGACCUGCCACGAACGACGAAUACGCACGAUAUCCGAAGAGUCUUAGCCGAGCGGGAGAUCAAGGAUGGAAAACGCGGAUAUCUCGUCGACUGGAUUCCAACUUGGGAGCCCAUGGUGAACGCCAGGGAUAUUGCUGCGAAGGUUCUGGAAGAGUGGGAGGACACUAAAGAGGAGAAACGUAUAUUUCAAUUGAAAGACGGCCUUGCGCCAUCCGAGCUCUUCAAGGAUGAGGAAUGGGUCUUCGAGUCGGGGGACUACGAGCAACGGGCGGCGGUCAUUGCCGAAAACCAUAAGAUGGAUGCACCAAGCGCGUCAGAAGUGGUGAAACGCACAUAUGGUACCAUAUGGGAAAGAUCGGGACCAAGCCGUUACCCUGUCACUACAAGAGACAAAGACCUGGCUUACAGGGCUAUCAAGGUCAAGUAUGUCGGCAGCGUCGAUCCAGCGAAGGAGACAGUUCGAGAUAAACGCCCAGCGUCUUCCGUCAUUAGCUUCCUCAUCCCGCUCUUCGCCGCCAGUCUCCGUAAAUUAAAGAAUCCUACCUGGACGUUCAAGAACGCACACGUCAUCGCCCUCUCGUUAAGCGAAACCGUCGCACUAUUCCCAACGCAUGCGCCAUAUCUACUCAAACACCCUAUGCUACUCAUGUUUACCCGGCUUUUCCUCAUGGGCGAUAGGAUUGCAGAGAAACUGAAUACAGUUAGUAUCGAAGUGGGAGAUGAAUGGCACGAACACACCCGAGACGAGUUCCUAUGGACAUACUGCGGUGAUUGGGAGAAGAGACCGAUUGACUGCGUUGAGCGCACGUAUACCACGACUCGUGAUGAGAUUUGCUGGUACGUAGAGAAUGACGUUGACAAGGAUGGAAACGUUAUCGUGGCAGCGCCGGAGGAUGCGAGAAAUGGCGAAGAUAGUGAUGGAAAUGAUGAUGGCGGGAAGUAG